UAGCAGCAGCAGAUGCGUCCGUGGCGGCGGCGGCAGCACCGGCGGAAGCAGCUUUGGCGGCGCCGACAGCAGGAGUGGCAAAAGCGGCGGCGGUGGCGAUGGGUUUGCGAACCUUGCGCGGACGGCCGUCGGCCGUCGAACUCUGGGCCCAGCGUCCCCGACGCGCACCUGCAGCUGCGCUGGCAUGCUGCGGCUCUGUAGGGCCAGCGGGGCGGCGGCGGCGGCGGCGGCGGCAGCGGCGGCGGCGGCAUGGCGGGCGCGUCUAAAGGGCCGCGUCGCGUCGCUCUUAGGCCGCCGGCGAGGAUAUGUCUGCCCCAGCCGCCUCUUUUUCUUCUGUAUAUGUACGUAA